AUGAAGGCUUGGAAAUGGAGUGGUGCUGCGUUAUACUUACUCGAGAAGCAUCAAGGCCCUGACGAACGCGUCAAAUCACCUGUUGACGAAGCGGAGUACAGAUGCUUAUGGUGGUCCUGUUUUAUUCGCGAUCAACUAAUGUCCUUAGCAUCACAACAGAGUCCUCGGAUGGCGUUUUCUCCUUCGAGGGUCUCCAUGAUUUCCGACCAUGACCUCGGGUCUUUGGGGAUUUCCGAGAAUUGGAAUGUCUCGCACAAUAUCGAACCUGUAGACCAUCUUAGAAGUUUGACUGAGAAUCAGACUCUUGCAACCCUGUUUAUCGAGCGGGCCAAACUUUCAGUGAUUCUCAAUCAAUUCAGCCGAGGUCAAAGGCAAUCAAAUGGUCGCUACAGGAUGACAAGCCUGCUUCCUGGCUGCGAUAAGCCAUCGACAACUGGAGAAGAAACUGUAGCACAAUUAUUGUUGUGGUAUUGCAGCCUCGACAACAACGCACGAUACUCGCAAGGGACUGACUAUAACCCCAACAACGGCUCCUCUCUGCAAGAUGGUCUGCUGCCAUUUUAUCAAGCUCUCUUGUUGAUCCCAUAUUAUCUGACCUUGAUCAAGGCAAAUUUUCAUGACAAAAGCGAAUGUUGCAACGAUCCACAGUCUGCAUCAAAGCGAGUGCUAUAUGCACGACAAGAAGUGAGUCGGCUUCUGCAGGAUUUGAUCAAGGGCGACAGGCUAAAACAUAUACCAACCGAUCUGGUGGAAUGCCUCCUGCCAUUUGCAACCACCGUCCUCCUAGAAAAGACCAGUACUCCCAGUGCAAGUCGCGAGCCGAUGUCAAAUCGGAUCGAGGGCUUCAAGCAAUGUUUACAAGUCAUGCGGGUUAUGAUGGCGAAUGACAGACUUCAACCACAGAAUGACUAUCGCAUUUCCCUUCUUGGAGCAACAUGCUCCUUAUAUGCCGGGCUCGAAGAACGACCGCGAGAUCUUGGUCUGGGAGGAAUGGCUCGGAAUACCAUGCCCUUUACUGGCACCGACAUUCUAGAUGCUGCAGUAUCCUCGACGAAAGAGAUCUUUUCGGAUUGUUCGUUCCAAUGGCAAUCACCUCGGCAUGAUGAUAUGCAAGAAACUUCAUUGUUGAACAGUGUUCGCCUCAAUGAUCACCAACCUCAGCUGAAUGGCUCGAAUGAACAGACUUUCCCAUCGGAUAGUUUGAUCGACCGUAGCUUUAGUGAAGAUGUCUUAAGUGCAGAUGAUGGCGCGCUGGCUUUCUCUUGA